AUGUAUAUAUUACCAGAUAUCAUUAUACGUUUUAUUAUAACGUUGGUUGAUGAUGAGUUGGAUGUGUUUAGCUUGUGGAUGACAUGCAAGAGAUUCAGAUCAAUCAUUAGGAAGACAACAAGGUCUAAUCCAUUGGGAAGGAUAGCUUCAUUGUCCAAUUUCUUCACUACUCAAUCAUCAUCGACUUCAUCAACAAUAUGGACAUCAAUCAUUAAUGAAGUCACCUACCUGAAUAAUACUAAGAAGGAUCAUUCAAAGCCAGAGGAUGUGACCACCACUAGAGAUAGAGUUGCUGCUCUCUCACCUGGAUCACUACCGCAUACUAUUACCAGGCUAAAGUUUGGAGAUCUGUUUAGCCAGAUGAUUGAAGUUGGUUCGUUGCCACCAUCGAUCACCUCGUUGACGUUUGGCAUCACAUUCAAUGGUGUGAUCAUGCCAGGUUCACUUCCAGAGACACUUAAAGAGUUACACAUGGGACAACACUUCAAUAACCGUAUCAAGCCUGGAAUGUUCCCAUCAUCGGUCACAUCGUUGACCUUUGGGGGUAUGUUUAACAAUGCGAUCGAGCCAGGCGCACUCCCUGUAUCACUGUCAACACUCACGUUUGGCUAUCAGUUCAAUCAACCGAUUACACCUGGUAACAUCUUGCCAGACAACUUGAAGAAGUUGGAGUUGGGAUCACACUUUAACCAACCGAUCACGCCUCUUCCGUCGUCCCUGGUCGAGCUCACUCUUGGACAGAACUUUGCACAGUCGUACACAUCAGUGCGUCUACCAGACAGCCUUACAACAUUGAACGUGUAUUACACAUAUCAGUGUCAGUAUGUAAGCUGUCAGAGUAGUGGCGAGAUACAAACGGUCAAUGCCGUCCUGGUACUUCCCUCUUUCUUCUUCUCACGCGAAACACCAUUGUUGAGCAGUGUCAAGUUACUCAAGUUGUCCAUUUCACCACAUUGUAAAUCGGUAUCCAACCUAAGCAAACUUCAUGCAUUCAUCAAACAACUAUUAUACUACUUCCCAGCAGUGCAAACCUUUCAUCUCAGCAUUGCAAACAAGCAAAGCAAACCAAUGCCAGUGUUCAAGUUCAGGCCAUUCAGAUCAUCAACAUCGACUGGUACUGGUCCGGAGAUAUUAUUAAUACUUGCGAUGAAUCAUCUGUCUUUGUAUGAUAUGAAUGAUCCAAAUGGAUAUACAAAGUUCCGCGACAAGACUUAUCUUCAGGUCUUCAAGGAU